GGUCAGUUCAUGGCUGUGUUGGCUUCCCUAUCCCGGUUUCAGGGUAAACGUAUCCCCGAUUUUCAGACAUUUUAGGGCGGAGCUUGUCAGAAGUUGUGAAGUGGAAGAAUGAAUCAGCGCCAUCUAGUGAUAAGACGUUGAAUACUUUCGGCGGCCAUUUUUGUGUAAUAUGUGAAUACGGCGGCCAUCAUCGUGUAUUACGUGAAUGAAGCCUAACCAUAAUUUCUGUAAAAAUGGUUGGCAGGUGUGCUGUUCCUGGUUGUAAAACAACAUAUUACAAAGGAAAUCAAAAAGAAAACGAGGUUACCCUGUUUACAAUUCCUAAAACUUCAUUAUCAAAAUGGCAAGAACUAAUUCCAUGUAGCAAUUUGACGAGCACCUCACUUAUUUGCUACCGUCAUUUUGACGAAAGUGACUUUAAAUCAGGGAUUGAAAUUUUUAACGUGUUCCAUCCUUUCCAACGUAGGCAUCUUAAUGCUGGAGCAAUUCCCAAACAUUUUCUCAUAAAUGAUACAUCUAGCCGACAAGCAAUGCAAAAUGUUGAUUGUUUUAAAUGGAGAAAUAACCUUAAUGUGGAAGCAAAUGCUAGCAAUGCAUCAGUAAGGAAACGACCAAAAGUAGACAAAAUACCUACUACGACAAAGAGAAAAAAAUUGGACAGUACAGCACCCUCCAUGGAAGUUACCUCUACUAUUCAAGAAACAAUCGACAUUCACCAGGCUGCUGAAGAAGCUAUUUUUGAUCCACUUCCUGGUGUAAACGAAAACGUUGCUGUUGUCAUUGAAGAUUCGACAGUUACAUCACCUUCUAUGGAAGCAAGCUCUACUAAUUUCAAGUCUAAUUUUGUGACAUUUCAGUCACUAGUAACUUUAUCAAUGAUACCAAAGAAUUGGAUAUGGUCUUUUGAUCAAAUCAAACAAAUGAUUUAUUGCAUUUCGAUGGAUCAACUACCAAAUGGAAAUUAUAAUGUGAAAAGUGUACAUUUUCAAAACAAACAAGAAGUAAUGUAUUAUGUCAACGGAAAGAACAUUCCAUCAAGCACUACUGCUUUGUCAAACCAUUUCAGAACAGUUGAAAAUAUAACGCAAUUGAUAAAGGAUUUCAACGAUCGAAAAAUUUGUUCAUGCAUUCCUCAUUAAAGGUUCAUAAAUAUUAACUUUUAAUCUCGUCUUUCUGGUAUAUUGGACUCAGCUGGCGUGUUAAGAUCGAAAUAUUGCAGAAAGAGAAUACAUUUCAAAGUAACUGAGAAUAAAA